GAGGGUUUUACGACUCCAUCCUUAAACCCCCAAUCUAACAAAGAAGAAGAGCAUAUCCUUCUGCACAACCCCUUACUUGAUUCAACCCAAGCCAAAAGGUGAUAACUUUUUUAAUUUUCUGAAGUCGCAAUUUUACAAAUCAUUUCUCACAAAUGGAUCCCAAGCUUCUACUCUCUGCCCACAAACCCUUAUUCAUCUCCUGCAACUCCCCUUUCAACGAAAAACCUCACCUUUCAAUCAAAUCCCGUUUCCCCACAUCCACAAUUCGAGCUUCUUCAAGGUCACAGUUCAUGGGAGAAAGUUUGAUUCUAAGGAACAACAACAAACACGUGUCCACGACCUUCCCCCGGAAACCCCUCCUCGACCCUGUUCGAGCCGCCGUGAAGAGAAGGAAAGAGCUCACAUUCGACAACGUAGUCCAACGAGACAAGAAACUCAAACUCGUCUUGAACAUCCGCAAGAUCCUCGUGAGCCAGCCAGACAGGACCAUGUCUCUUAGAGGGUUAGGCAAGUACAGGAGAGACCUAGGUUUAAAGAAACGCCGCCGUUUCAUAGCGUUACUCAGGAAGUACCCAGGCGUGUUUGAGAUAGUUGAAGAAGGAGCUUAUUCGCUGCGGUUCAAGAUGACUUCGGAGGCUGAGAGGCUUUACCUUGAGGAGAUGAAGAUUAAGAACGAGCUUGAGGAUGUUUUGGUUGUUAAGUUGAGGAAGCUUGUGAUGAUGUCUGUUGAUAAGAGGAUACUGCUGGAGAAGAUAUCUCAUCUCAGGACUGAUUUGGGGCUUCCUUUGGAGUUUAGGGACACGAUUUGUCAGCGUUAUCCGCAGUAUUUUCGCGUUGUUCCGACACCUAGAGGUCCUGCGUUGGAGCUGACUCGUUGGGAUCCUGAGCUUGCUGUGUCGGCUGCUGAGUUGUCUGAGGAUGAUAAAAUGGUUAGGGAGUCUGAAGAGAGGAACUUGAUUAUCGAUAGACCGGCUAAGUUCAAUAGAGUUAAGCUUCCGAGGGGUUUGAAUCUUUCAAAGAGUGAGACUAGGAAGAUAACUCAGUUCCGUGACAUGGCUUAUAUAUCUCCUUACAAGGAUUUUUCACAUUUGAGGUCGGGGACGUUGGAGAAGGAGAAGCAUGCUUGUGGUGUGAUUCAUGAGCUUUUGAGUUUGACGACUGAGAAGAGGACGUUGGUUGAUCACUUGACUCAUUUCCGUGAGGAGUUUAGAUUCUCGCAGCAGCUGAGAGGGAUGAUUAUAAGACAUCCUGAUCUGUUUUAUGUUUCUUUGAAAGGGGAGAGAGAUUCUGUUUUCUUGAGAGAGGCUUAUAGGAACUCUGAGUUGAUAGAUAAAGAUCCUUUGACUCUUGUGAAAGAGAAGAUGCGUGCGCUUGUGUCUAUACCAAGAUUCCCUAGAAGAGGAGGACGCCUGAGAGAGGAAGAGAUUGAUGGAAAAGAGGGUGAGGAGGAAGAAGAAGAAGAAGAAGAAGAAGAAAGUGAUGUUGAUGAUGAUGAUGAUGAUGAUGAAGAAUGGUCUGAUGUGGAUGGUUACUUGGAAGGUGGCAAUGAUGAUGAUGAUGAAGGUGACUGGACUGGUGAUGAAGGAGAAGAUGAUGUGCCUCCCAACUUUGAUGAUGAUGAUGAUGAAGAUAGUGUGAAGAUUGGAUUAAGUCCUUCAAGUAGUCCUAGAAAGAAGAAGGAUCUCACUCCUGUGUUCCCUGAUGGUACUCCAAGAGAAAAGUGGUAGAUCUUUACAGAACACAACUUCUUGAAGAUGAAACACUAAUAGCUUUUGUAUGUUGUUGCUUUGUUGUAAGAACAUUUUUUGAGAAUUGAGUAAUUGCUUUAUUCUGCAAGGGGAAA